ACAGAGAUAUGUCAGCCUCAAUGCCCGAACACGAGCCUUAUACCACCCGCGAUGAUAGCCAACGGAGAUGUUCGACCUGCAACAUUGUCUUUCAGAGAACAACACACUUACGACGUCACAUGCUGACACACACUCAAGACAAGCGAUUUCUGUGGAUCGUAUCUGAAGUUGAUCUGAAUCUCAGGGAUACACUUCAUCGGCAUCAGAUAACUCAUCGCACUAGUUCUGUUGGCAACCACGUGGGGCCUGCUGAUGUUCUCUCCCCUCGAGCCUGCAGAGCUUGUGCUAGUGCCCGGGUGCGAUGCUCCAGACAAAAUCCUUGCGAACGAUGCCACUCAAGACGGUUUCAAUGUGUCUACGAGGAAGCAGAACAAAGAGCGGAGCCAAGCGCAGACCACAGGCAAGAAUCAAACAUAGUAUCGGUGCAACCUCGCGAAGAAGCUCCUAGUCUUCCUCAAGAUCGCUUGACAACUAUUAGCGCAGAGCAUAUGAGUGCAGAGCAUAUGGCACAGCAAGUACAAGCGCCGCUCCCUCAAGAUCGCUUGACUACUAUGAACAAUAGUACAGAGCAUAUGGUUCAGCAAGUACAAGCGGCUCCACUCGAUGAGAGCAACACAUCGUUCUUGCCGGCUACAGGCUCACAGGCCACGCAACCACAAGACAGGUCUAUAAUGAAUGCCACCUGGGUAGCCCAGGAUCCCGCAGCUGUGUCACCCUACAACUACCAGGAUCAAAGGAUGGUUGCACCUUUAGUUGAGAGAGAUGCACCAUCUCUACCAGCGACAAACUGGCUACCGUACACUAACGGCAUGGACUGGGACUUCGACUUCUAUAUGACUCAGGCACUGAACAAUUUUUCUCCCGCCUUGGGUAUGCAAUCGAGCAUUUGGUCUCCCAGUGCAAAUCCUCUGGAAAAUGCUGCCAUUAACAUCGGUACGAGUCCUGAAGCCGGAAGUAAGGGAUCUGUUGCAGAAGACUCUCCCUCGAUAUCAGUCACCAACUCAGUGGCUUCUUCGAAGCGACAUGGGACGUUUUACGCGGACGGAGAGGUGAGUCGGCUGGCAAGACAUCGUAACGCUGAAGUCUUGCAGAAUCAAGACCAUGUAAGCAGGAUGGGAAACAGACUCGAAUUCAGCAACAUAGAAGCAGAACCGUUGGCCACGACUGCUGCUUCUCGAUCAAUUAUCCCAACGAACACGUACAAUCGCAUUUUAAAACAAUUUGACGAGCUAUGCAUGACUGAGGGUCCAGUUCUUCUCUUCGAGAAAUUUCGGUCUGACCGAUUUCCCUCUCGUCAAGCUCUGGAAACAUGUAUCGAGUCCUAUUUCGAAAACAUUACUACCGUGUUUCAAGUUGUACACCAGCCUACAGCAACGUUGGAUGGCGACAAUGACUGGAUCCUUUGUCUGGCGCUGGCUGCUCUAGGCGCCGCUAUGUCUUCGUCCGUACCGCUGGUGUCCAACGCUGAGGCUCUGAGAACAUUCCUUCAGCGAGCCAUAAAUACGCAAUAUAUGCUUAUCGGCCGCAUCAAGGGUGCAUCGGAGCUGUCUUUUAUGCAAGCUUGUAUCUUAUAUGAUGUCUUGGAGCUUCAUCUGCAACACAACAUCAAUGAAGAGGCUUUGGCGGGCACCCGAUCGUUCUCGGACUACUGUACCAACAUCAAAAGAUCCCGAUGGCUAAAUUUGACUGAGCCAGUCUGGGACGACACGUGGACAGAAGCUGACUGGAAAGUUUGGGCGUAUCGUGAGAGCCAGCGAAGAGUGGCAUACUGUGCAUGGCAUCUUGACAGUUGGUACUUUCUGACUUCUGGGAAAAACCUGUCGGCAAACUUCUCCCUUAACGAUGUUCAGACACAGCUGCCUGUUCACGAAGCUUUGUGGUUGGCGACAUCGCUGGGAGAAUGGUUGAAGCUCAAAGCAACGCACAAACAGCCGAUGAGUUUGACCAUCUUACUAAGGUCAAUCUAUCAGCAACAGCCGCUUGUCCAGGAGCUUGGCGAUUUCGCACAGAUUGUUGCUGUCCAUGCAGUCUGCCGACGGACGUUGGAAGUAGGAGCCAAUAUUCUUGACCCAUUGAGCGGCCUCGACGCGGGGCAGCACCAUCGGGGCGAGUCCGUCAGGGACAUCUAUUGGCUGCCCUCAGAUCCGGAGUACCAGAAGUGGCGCAACAAAGCUCUGGACUGCUUAGACACCUUACACUGGGGAACACAUGGUGUCAUAGCCCGACUUCAAGGUCUCGAGCCGCCGGCGGUUCUACACUUGCACAUGUCGCGGUUGGUGUUGCUGGUUCCUUACCAGGAUGUCUAUGACCUGAUGUGCGAAGUUGUCUCGUCACAUGGUAACGACGCCUCCUUCUCUCACGUUGGAAACUCUCGCUCGCGCCGAGAAGAUCUCGUGGCGAAGAUCUGGUUGUGGAUCUCCAAAGACCAUUACAAAUCGAGACUAGCUAUUGUGCAUGCUGGGGCUAUGUUCUGGUAUAUCCGGCAUCACGGCACAGGCAACAUUCUUGAGCCGACCAGUCUUUUCGUGGCCAGUGUUAUCCUGUGGGCCUACGGAUCCUUCGUACCCCUCUUACAAGCCUCGACCGACGAGCAGCACCAUGUGACAUCUCGCGUGGAUACAGACGAAGAAUUCGAUCCGACAAUGAUACAAAUUGACCGGCCUUGCGACGAUGAGCUUAUUCAAAUAUUCAUUCGUCGCGGAAACUCCAUGCAGCCGCAUAUGUUGGGCGUAGGCAACAUAUGCCAACCCGGUGGAGCGCACAAUGUGCUCAAGGUUGGUGCGAAGCUAAUCAAGAAUAGAUGCUCGGCAUGGCCAAUCUCCAAGACAUACGAGAGCCUCCUCCUCCAUUGCGCACAAGUAUCGGCAAGGACUUCG